AUGACAUUCUCCAUGAUUUUCCUAGCCAUAGUCACCUAUCUGGUUUUCGGCACCGAAGCGUUCAAAGUUUCCUUUUACAAGAACACAAAUUGUGCUGGGGAAUUUGUCGGUGCAUGGAUUGGAGGAGAGGGACAAGGCUGCCGGCAGGAAUACGCCGGCCUAGCUGAGGGAGUUGUUGUUGAAUCUACCGGCCCGGUCGAUGAUUCUACCACC